AUGGCUGCAGCUUGGGUCCUGGUAUUGGUGACCGCGAUGCUGGCCUUGGCCAGAGCAGGCCCUGUCCCCACUUCCAAGCCCACCAUGACUGGGAAGGGCUGCCACAUGGGCUGGUUCCAACCUCUGUCGCCACGGGAGCUGGAGGGCUUCAAGAAAGCCAAGGAUGCCUUGGAAGAGUCGCUCUUGCUGAAGAACUGGAGCUGCAGCUCGCGCCUCUUCCCCAGGACCAGGGACCUGACGCAGCUGCAGGUGUGGGAGCGUCCUGUGGCCUUGGAGGCUGAGCUAGACCUGACGCUGAGGGUCCUGGGGGCUGCGGCAGACUCGUCCCUGGGGGUCGUCCUGGACCAGCCGCUUCGCACGCUGCGCCACAUCCACUCCAAGCUCCAGGCUUGUGUCCCAGCUCAGCCCACAGCAGGACCCAGGCCCUCGGGCCGCCUCCACCACUGGCUGCACCGGCUGCAGGAGGCCACAAGGAAGGAGUCCCAAGACUGCCUUGAGGCCUCAGUCACGUUCAACCUCUUCCACCUCCUUGUAAGGGACCUGAGAAGUGUUGCCAGUGGAGACCUGCCCACCUGA